UGACAGUUGUGUACAAACAAGUUUUCAUCGUUGGUUUCUUUCUAAAAACUUAUUUCAUCAUUUUAAAGUAAUGGUAUCGAUUAUUUUGUGUCUAUACGUAUAUGAAUUAUGCUAGAUUGAUGUACUGGUGAAUUUCGUUGCAUAGAAACAUGGCACGCGUUCGUGAAUUAGUUUUACACACUGCAGAACAUUAUUACAACACCACAAAUUUGAAUUUGAAUCCAAAAUCAGAGGAAUGUCUCUCAGAAUUUAUACAUCAUCCUCAGACUUUAGUGCUUCAAGCCUUGAUUCAAGAUAAUACUAUACUUCUAUUUACUAAGAUGGUGAAUGAUAAGCAAAAGUCUAUUAUCUUCUAUAAGCCGGCUGCAUUAGACCUAGCUGCAGAUGACGCAGUCAACAGUAUAAACAUUAUUACACUUUCAAAUAAUGUGGCUGAAUCUUUGUAUCAUAUUCUGAAACAAAUAUACUCCCCACUUUUAGCCAAUAAUAAUGAUCUAAUUUCAAACAAACUGCACAAGAAUCUUGCCGAUUUAGAGUCCAAUUUAAGAAUAAUCACACAAGGGAAAGGCAGUGAUAAUACUGUAAUAUUGUCUGUUGAUGAUGAAAUAGAAUAUUGGAGAUCAGUAGUAGAUAAAAGGGAUGCCAGUAAAAAAGAAAAGGAAGGGGCAUCUGCUUUUCUUGAUCUCUUUGAAGACAUAUCUGAAGAGCUAAGAUCAAUGCUUGCAAGUAAUAUGUCUGAAACUAGGGAGGCAGUUGAAAAUGUUGGAGGACUUUUAGAUGAUGUGUGGAGGCUGUCUACCUUUCCUUACACUCAAGAAAGAAUGAUACACAUGUUUGAUGUAAUUGCAUAUUUCAUUUGUUCAAUUGUUCAGAAAGCCUUUCCAUCUGUUGAUUUGUGGAAGGUAAAAGAAGGGAUCAAAGAAAUCGAAAUAUUAAAUAUUCUCAUGGAAAGUUUGAAAGUAAUUCAAACUUGGAUCAGUGCCUGUAAAUCACUUACAGAAACAUACUGGCCGAAUUAUGCUCUACACAUUUGGAGUGGAAAACCUUAUAUUCCAGCUUAUUGUGUAAACUUUGAAAAAAGACUAAAAGAGAUUCAUGAAAUAAGAUCUACUUACACCCAACUCAAUAAGUUGCUAACAAAUUAUGAGAAGGAUGAGCUAAAAAUUCAAUAUUUAUUUGAACCUUUUGAAAAUAUCAAUGUGUGGAUUUGUAAUGGACAAAAUCAAGCAUGGGAAACAGCGAUUUCAAGAUUUUCUUCGAGUUUACGUCCAGCCGAAACAAAAAUUGCUGAGAAACUUAAGCCUAGAUUGCAUAACACGUCAUCUAAACAGAUGCUUUAUGAGUUUAUGAGAUACAAAGCACUAAUAGAUAGACCUUUAGUAAAACAGGCACUAAAUAAUGAACUUGAAACAUUCGUUUCUUCUCUACUUUCUAUGGUAAAAGCAAUAAAAAAUCAACUGGAUUCUGAGGAUAUUGAUGUCCAAAUGUAUCAACCACCAGAAAUGUCACUUGUAGUACAACAAAUACAAUGGGCUAAGCAGACAGAAGCUAAAGUUAAAGAUAUUCGUACUUGUGCCGACAAAUACCUCGUUGGUUUCGACGGAACCCCUGAGCUUGUCAAACUGGCGGAUCAGGUACUAAAAGACCUGAAAACACUGUACACCCAACUCCACGAAGAGUGGUCCCGAGAUUUACAGGCGCAGGUCAAAAACGGCUCUCUUCAGCUGUCGUCGGACGAGCCGGUGGUGCAGUUCAGUGGCGACAGCCAGCUUAUGGUGGUGCGAUACGACGGGCGCGCCACGCGACUGGAGCGCGAGGCGCGCGCGCUUCGAGCCCUGGCGUUGCCGCCGCCGCCGCCAGCCGCCGCCGCGUUAGACCAGCUUGGACGCGCGUUAUGUCACGCUCAACGCCUGCAUCAGGUGGCGUCCUUCCACAACACGCUAGGCGAGCGGAUGAUCCCGUCGACGCGGCCGAUGAUGCUGCAGGCUGCCAUGGACCUGUCGCGGCUGGUGCGCGACCAGAAGGCGGCCUACUGGAACGACACCGACCACCUCGCCAAGUACACUGACGACUUGAAGAGAAUCGUGCUCAAACUCGAGUCUCAGAAUACCUAUUUAACCAAUCAGCACAUUGCAAUAAGAAACAUUGUCGAAAGUUUACUGGACACUGAACUUUUAGCGCAACAAUCCGAAUGGAAAAAGAAAAUAAAAGAUAUCAGAGAUAUUAUUGAGAAGGUAGAAGCAAACGGUUACAAGAAUACAGAAUCGUGGCGCACCCACUGGGACUGGCAACUGUAUAAAGUGCUGGAAUGUCAGUACAUCAAAACGUUGCUCUCCCUUCACAAACAUUUUCCGCAUGUCAAAGUUGACUUGGUCCUUCGGGGUCACAUGGUGCGCGUGCAGCCGCCUAUGGAGGAAGUGAGGGCGCAGCACUACCACCAGCUGCGGCGCCUGGUGUCGCUGCCCGCUCAGCUUGUGGGGCUGCAGCCCGCGCCCGCCUCCGCUAACGCUGCCGCUUCUGCUGUGUUCGGAGACAUUGUGCGCAAACACAGCUGGCUCGGCAACAAAGCGGUGCAGCAGCUUGAAGCGGCGCUGCUAUCUCUAGAGCGCACUUGCCGCGACUGGACGCGGCGGCUGGCGCUGGCGUGCGCGCGAGACAUUCCAACACUGUGCGCUCAGCUAACGGAGCCCGCGCAGUUUGAGGACAACUUCAAGGCCUGCAAAGCUUAUGGCCAGGCCGUGGCCAAGAUGACCUUCGAGGACGAAAAGAUCGAAUGGAUAUCAGUCGGCACGGCUUCUCUCCGACGCGAGGUUGAAGCGUGCGCGCGCAGCUUAUGGGCCAACCUGGCGGCCGCAUUACAAAACAGCGCGCGCGCCGACGCUGCCGCUUUAGACGCCUUCGUGGCGCGCGCGUCGCAGGCGCUGCAAGGACAAACCGCGCCAAAGAACGCUCGGGAGUUGGCCGAGAUCAGUGCGGUACAGCAGGCGCUGCGGAAUAAUAUGCCAGAGAUGGAGAAAACAGUAGAAGCCCUAAAACGCAAAAGUCACAUGCUCCGCACGUGGGGCGGGGAUGCAUCAGCUGACGGCAGCAUCAAGGAGUGGCAUAAAGUCCGCGAGCUCAUGCUGAGCCAGCAGCAAAUGUUUGAACAUCAGGCCGAAAUAGUGAAAUCCAGUAUGAGCGGUGAAUGGGAGAAUCUAAACACAAGCGUAGAAGCGUGGAUGUCUCGUUGGGACCAGAAUAAGCCGCGACUGGAAGAGACGCGCGGCGCGAGUUAUUCAGAAAUGGCCGACAGGUGUCGCUCUGUGUUCGAAGCACACGCGACCUGGGAGAAAUUCGUCACUGAUAGGGAUAUUCUCAUUAAAGAAUGUGAGAAAUUCGACAUGAAACUGGAACCAACCAAGAUGUGGGCAGAAGCUGAAAAACUUAUGACGGAGUACGUGAACGUUUGGACCGUACUAAAAGAUUACAACGAAGAGUUUGAUGCCAUUUCUGAACAAGAAUGGAUAGUGUUCCAAAAGAAACUGCAUCUGUUAGAUGAGUUUGUAUCGAAAUGGAGUGAUAAAUUGGAACCAUUCACUGUUGUCACCCUUUUCAUUCAGCAAGAUCUUGAAAGAUAUUCCGAUUUAUCGACACUGCUCAAGUAUCUUCGUGGGUCAGACUUCACUGAACGUCACUGGCGAGAGGUUUUUAGUCUGUUAGAAAUGGAAUAUAAGAAACCAGACACCCUCCAAGUGAAAGAUUUUUUGGCCGUGGCUUUGAAUAUCAAAAAGCAAAUUAAAGCGCUGCAGAAAAUCUGCACAACGGCAUCAAGUGAGGCAGCAGUUCGGAGCGCUCUGAACGAGCUAGAGCUGUGGUUUGCGGGCGCUCGCCUCGCGAUCACCUACUACAACGACAAGUCUAAGCGGCCCACGCCCAUUGUGAAGGACUUCAAAGAUAUACUGGCUAAGAUCGAGGAGCAGCAGUGGAUAGUGGGUUCGGUGUCGGGCGGCGGCGGCGGCGACGCCUGCGCCGCUUGGGAGUCUCGACUGCGCGCCGCGCGCACCCUUGUGCGGGCUGCUCACCACGCACAGCGCAGGUCAGUACAUAAAAUUUACACACAUAGUAAUGAUUCACAUAGUAAUAGUAAUGCCGCCAUUACACUGAGCGCGAAACUGCUCGAAACAGGUAGUGCAAAAAGAGGCACUUCAUUUCGUUUCGCCGUGCGUCGUUCGUGCGGUUUCCGUAUAUUUCGAUUUUCGCGCUUAGUGUACAGUGGAUAUAACACAAACAACAUACACACACUGCAGCGGGAUUAGGGUUACCGGCUGGUAAAAUAAAAACUGUCAAAAUGCCUGAUUGAUCUAAAAGUAGUACUUUUACACUUAACUUAUCUUAGACG